CCGAGAGAAUCCAAUUAGGGCUACCACGGGAAGUAUGGGGUCCUCAAGCAACUGUGCUAUCCUGCAGAUGGUGGUGGUCGCUCUGGCUGUUACCCAAAUAGGUGCUGGCUCACAUUCACUGCGUUAUUUUCACACUGCCCUGUCACGGCCGGGCCGUGGGGAGCCCCAGUACAUCUCUGUGGGCUACGUGGAUGAUGUGCAGUUUCAGCGCUGUGAUAGCAUUGAGGAGAUUCCGAGGAUGGAGCCACGUGCACUUUGGAUGGAGAAGGAAGGACCAGAAUAUUGGAAGGAGCUGAAACUUAAGGUCAAGAAUAUUGCACAAAGUGCCAGAGCAGGCCUUAGGUCCCUGCUCCGCUACUACAACCACAGUGAAAGCGGCUCUCACAUCCUGCAGUGGAUGGUUUCCUGUGAGGUGGGGCCAGACAUGCGCCUUCUUGGAGCACACUAUCAGGCUGCAUAUGAUGGCUCGGAUUACAUCACCCUGAAUGAAGACCUAAGCUCCUGGACUGCAGUGGACAUGGUGGCUCAGAUCUCGAAGAAGAAGUUAGAGUCAGAUGGUGCAGCAGAGUAUGUCAGGGCCUAUAUGGAGGGAGAGUGCCUGGAAUUGCUCCACAGAUUUCUGGAUAAUGGAAAGGAGACUCUUCAGCGAGCAGGUAUGAGGAACAACUAGGAACCACUUUUAGUAAGCAAAGCUAUCUCCCCAACCAUACAUGUGAGGUCCUUGUUGUCUAGGGAGGGAGGAAGUACUGGAUCAGCUGGAAUACUGACUGCAUAAAGAGGAGGAAGAGUGGGACUGGCUUUCCUGAGCCAACAUUAUGGAGUGACUGUCCCCAGGGCUGACCUUUACUUUCAGAACAGUUGAGUCUGUCCCAGGAUGGAAGGAGAAAACACCCUGCUAUAAACAACCAAGCACUUCCAUUCAGUCUGCCACUCAGAGUGAACCAUGACCUCUUUCAGGCCUGGUUCUCUGCCCACCCCCAAUGUCUUUGGAGGUCACACUCCACGGAGGCUGAGUCUCUCAGCUCAACCUAAUCAGGACUAGAGAUGGGAAAUCUGAAGACUCCUACUUGAUUCUCUCUUAGGGUUUCUUUUGCUACAAAGAAACACCAUGACCAAAAGCAAGUUGGAGAAUAAUGGGUUUAUUUAGCUGAUAUAGCAGCUAGUGGCCACAGGUUCCUGGGUUCCUGAAAGGAAAGAUGGGGCUGAAUGGGUAGGACAGUGAGAGAAGAAUGAGACCAAGACAGGUUUCUGACCCAUGCCCAAAGUUUGCUUAGGAGUCCGAGUUUAUAAAAUGAGGGAACCCAUCCCUCUAUGCCAGGAUGUUGUUGCCUCAUCAGCAUCUUGUUGCUUUGUCUAGAAGACAGGCUCAGCACCUCAGCAGGUAGUGGCUCCUUUCAGGAAGCUGCAGACUUGACAGAACAAUAGAGCUCACCUAAGUCCAAAGACUUCACCCUAGGUGGGCUAGCCAGUUGUGGCAAAGACAAGGUCUGGUUCAUCCUGCUCAAGGCUUGGGUGGAGGGCACAGGCUUACCUUCUAGCACUGUUUGUCAUUGAAGGAAGCCAGGACAGAAAGUCAAACAGCUGAUCUACAAGGCUUGGAGCAGUGCUGCUUCCUGGCUUGCACCCUAUGGCUUGCUCUGCCUGUAUUCUUAUGGAACCCAUCAUCACCAGCUCAGAGAUGGCACCC